AUGGGUAUGGUGCAUCAAUUAAUGGGAGAGUAUUUGAAGGCACUAUCAUAUUAUGAACAAGCGCGUGAAAUCCAGCAGAAAGCGCUGACAUCCAAUAAUCUACCUCUGGCUAAGAUUAACAACAAUAUGGGUAUGGUGCAUCAAUUAAUGGGAGAGUAUUUGAAGGCACUAUCAUAUUAUGAACAAGCGCGUGAAAUCCAGCAAAAAGCGCUUCCACCCAAUAAUACAGAUCUGGCUAAUACUUACAACAAGAUUGGCAAGGUGCAUCAAUUAAUGCACGAGUAUUCGAAGGCAUUAACAAACUAUGAGAAGGCACUUGAAAUCAAACAGCAAUUUCUUCUAUCUAACCAUCCAUUGUUAGCUAUUCAUUAUAAUAACAUUGGUUCGAUAUAUUGGCACAUGAAAGAGUAUUUGAAGGCGCUUCCAUUUUACGAGGAAACUGUUAAUAUCUUGGUGAGAUUUCUGCCACAUAAUUACCCAUUACUAGCUACUCCUUAUGGAAACCUUGCUUUGGUGCUGCAUAUUUUGGGUAAGCAUUCCACAGCGUUAGGGUAUUACGAGAAAACACUCCAGAUCAUGGAAAAAUCCGUUUUAUACAAUUCUGCAUUGGUGAGAAUCUUUCACUACAAGAUUGCAAACAUUUGUGAAGAACUUAACCGGUACGAAUGCGCUGUUGAACAUGCGAAAUGUGCUGUCGACGCAGCACAUGAAACUUUCGAUCUUGAUCACGAGAUGAUGCAAGAGUAUGAAACUUAUCUCGAAUAUCUUCACGGAAAAUUGGAUUUCAUGUAG